AUGACUACAGCAUCAUGUGUCGAUCCUCGUUACUUUACAAGGUACCAUGCUAAUGGCACAGGCAGAGACUACUAUGUUCAAUAUUCCAAUGGUGGUCUAUUAAAGGAUAGUCAAACUCAUUUUGAAGGAGUUUACGAAAGAGCAGGAUUAGCAAAGAAGGAAGUCCAAGUCAGUUUGCCUAGUAUAACCCCCAAAUUCUAACAUUAUCCCAAUGAUGGUUCAGGAAGGGAUUUUUACAUUACGUAGAUAUUUAUUAUAAAACACAGAUGCAAUGAAGGUGGGCAGUUGCAGAAUCAAAGAAAGUUCAAUUAUCUAUUAAAUUUGCGGUCGUACAACAAAGUGCCUGAAGAACCGUUAUAAAAUGAUUUCCUUCGUAGAACAUCCUACACGACAAAGAGACAAGUCUUAAAAUCAAGACAGUUGCAAAGUCAAUAGAGACAAUUAACUUUGAAAUUGUGCAGCCCAAAAAACACCAAGUGA